AUGACGCACCCAAGACCUGAAUUCCUCUCCCUCCAACCUGGGGCAUUUGCCUCAGACGACAACACAAACCAAAGUCCCAUUCAACCGCACCUUGACACGCUGUUUGCCGAGUUCAGUCGAUCGCGCCACAGACUGACUCCGCCUCCCCGAUCUCCGGCGGCUCUUCGCCGUCCUAGAACGACCAUACCGGUCCAAGACGUCCAGGCAGUGGAUCACAAGGUUGACCUGCGGGCGCUCGACUACGUAUCGGACUAUGACUCGCACUUGAUGUGCCCAAUAUGCCAUGUCCCCUUUGUCGACCCGGUGGUCCUCGAUUGCGACCACACCUUCUGCAAUCUGUGCUUCGAAGAAUACCGCGACGGUGCGGAAAACAGCCCUCGCACCCAAUGUCCCACCUGCCGAGCAUAUCUACUCUCUCAACCUCAUAAAGCCUCACGCCUUAUUGUCAAUAUGUGCAACGAUAUAAAGGUGCGGUGUCCCAACGAAGAUUGCGACACCGUCCAUUCUCGAGGCUGUAUCGAGCAGCACGCCACCAAGGACUGUCCGGAGUAUCUGUUAGACUGUCCUGGAUCGGACUGCUCCAAGGUCGUCAAACGAAAAAACUUUGUCCCGGAGCAAUGCAUCCAUAGCUCUCAUAUAGAGUGCGAUUGCGGCGCUGUCAUUGAGCUCGGUCGUGGAGAAUGGCUUCGGCACAAGGACGAGGACUGUCCAACGACCGGCGUCAAAUGCGAUGUCUGUUCCGAGCGCAUCUCAGUAAAGGACUAUCUCGCUGGUCGAGACACUCAUGUGUGUUCUGCUGAGAAUUCUGCUCUUCGCUGUCCAGGAUACGAAUAUGGUUGCGUCACGAACCCAGUCUUCGGCACCUCAGAGGAUCUCGAAUACCAUACCCAGACCUGCCCCCUCGCCCGUCUGGCGCCGCACCUCAAAAAGCAGUCCUCGCUUCUACAAUCUUUGACCGAUCAGCUCACCCUCACCAAGGUCCGCAACGAAGUCCUCGAGACCUCCCUCGACAAAAUCACCGACCUCCUCAACACGCGCAUCCUCCCCUCCAUUCCCUCACAAGCCCCAACCCGCGCCCCUUCACCCACACCUUCUUCCCUCUCCAUUGAAGAGAUUCCGCGACACUCCGACCCACCACUGGCCCUGCCUGCCCAUCUCAGACCUCUCACCCCCAACCCGCCUGCCACAGGCCCGUCUGGCCACCCCCACCUCAACGAGCUUGACAUCCUGAACCUUCACACGCACCUCUCCGACAGCAUGACCAACCUCUCCACCCAGCUGCUGACGGUCCAGAACAACCUCGCCGACCUGGACGCCCGCACUUCCAUGAUGGUCAUGAACGAGACGCUACGCCUCAAAGAAGACCUGGCGCAGCAGGGCGCCGGCCUCUUCAGCACGCGCGCACAGGUGCAGUGGCUGCUCAACCGCGAGCGCGAGAGGAUGCAGAUGGCACAUGCUCACGCACAGAGCGCCGCGAGUCAAAGCCAGACCCAAGGACAAGGUCCCGGAUCAAGCAGCGGAGGCGCGGGAGGACCGGCAGAGAGGCCGGGGUUCGCACGCGGACGAAGCUCCAACAUUGGGCUGGGGGAGGGCAGCAGUUCUGCGAGGAGCAGCUUCAGCCAUGGCACCGGCGACAGUGUCAGCGUGAGCCCACGUGUGGCGCCGAGGGCGGGUGGCAGGCGCUUGAGCGGAAGUCAGGAGCGGGUGAAAUUGUGA